AUGAACAAUAUUCAACAACCUUUAAAAAUAUGUUUUAAAUGUUAUAAAAAUAUAUUUUUACGUUAUAUAAAUAUAAAUAUAAUAAAUGCCAAAAAAAAACCAGUACCAACAGUAAGUUUUGUUGGUGAACGUUCACGUCUUUAUCCAUCUAUUUACUGUUGGGGUUAUAUUGCUACAGGUGCAUUAGGUGUUUUUGAUUUUGUUAAUAAACGACCUGAUCCAAAACAAACUGAUCCAACACAACAAACUCGUCUUCAUCGUUCAAUUCCUUAUAGACAUCCAUUUUCUUAUGAACAUCGAAUAAAAAUAAAUCGUAUAGCAUGUGGAAAUGGUUUUACAUUAUUUUCAUCAAAUACAUUAAAAUAUGAUAAAUUAUGGGCAUGUGGCCUUAAUACAGAUAGUCAAUUGACAUUUUUUAAAGAUCGUAAUCAUCCAAAAGGUUUUGGUGAUUAUGUUAUUGUACCAAAAAUAAUUCAUUUACCUAUGAAACAUCCAAGAUCAACAAGAAUUAUACAAAUAGCAGCUGGUAGAGCACAUUCAGUUGUUUUAACAGAUAAAUCAGGUCUUUUCUCAUUUGGUAAUAAUGCAUUUGGUCAAUGUGCUCGUCAAAUAGUACCUGAUGAAAUUUAUAAAAAUAGUAUGUUAAUACAUUCAUUUAAUAUUGAUUUAAAUGAAAAUGAUGAUAAAAUAAUUGAUAUUGUUUGUGGUCAAGAUCAUACAUUAUUUCUUAGUGAAAAAGGUCAUGUUUAUGCUUGUGGUUUAAAUACAGAUGGACAAUUAGGUAUUGGUCAUUAUGAAUGUGUAUCACGACCAGAACGUGUUCGUGGUGAUAUUGAACAUGAACAUAUUGUACAAAUAGCAUCAAAAGGUGAUUCUAUAUUAGUUUUAAAUAAAUCCGGUGAUGUAUUUGGUUGGGGUAAUAAUGAAUAUCGUCAAUUAGGAAUAACUGAUGAGCCAAUUGAUUCACCGAAAUCAUUACAAUGUGCUCAACCACGACAUCUUCGUUUUCGUGAUGGAUCUUCAUUGAAAAACAUUAAAUGUAUUGCUUCUGGUGGUUCAUUAUGUUCAGCUGUUGAUCAUCAAGGUAAAUUAUAUAUGUGGGGUUUUGGUUUACUUGGUUUUGGACCAAAACAUACAACAAUUGAUAUACCACAACAAAUACCAAUGGAAUUAUUUGGACAAAAUGAAUUUAACUCUAAUGUUCAAAUUGAUUAUGUUACAUGUGGUUUACUUAGUACAGCAGCAAUAACAAAUAAUGGAGAAUUAUUUAUGUGGGGAAAAAAUCGAUAUGGUGCAUUAGGUGUUGAAUUUAAUGAAGAUGCACCUAUGCCAAUGCGUGUUUUUGUACCUGCUCGUGUUAUUUCUGUAACACUUGGACCUGAUCAUACAUUUGCUUUAUGUAAAGGAUAUGUAUAA